ACAGCCCUUGGGUCGAUAAUGUAGGUUUUUCGCUGAGUAAGGGUUGAAGCUCAUUGCUCGCCAGGAGGUGGCCGCCGACUAGCUGACGUCCGUUCUCCCAUCUCCUCUCCAUUUAUUUGUAUGGUGCCUACAAAAAAUUGUUUUAAGCAGGAGCUGGAAGAUGUCUCACAGGAAGUUUGAGCACCCCAGGCAUGGUUCCCUUGGAUUUCUUCCUAGGAAGCGUGCUUCUCGACACAGGGGGAAGGUUAAGGCAUUUCCUAAGGAUGACCCUUCAAAGCCAUGCAGAUUGACUGCAUUCUUGGGUUACAAGGCAGGCAUGACUCACAUUGUUAGAGAAGUCGAGAAACCUGGGUCAAAAUUACACAAGAAAGAAACAUGUGAACCCGUGACCCUAAUUGAAACUCCACCAAUGAUAGUUGUGGGAGUGGUUGGCUAUACAAAAACACCUCGUGGUCUUCGUUGUCUAAACACUGUUUGGGCUCAACAUCUGAAUGAGGAGCUAAGAAGGAGGUUUUACAAGAACUGGUGCAAGUCCAAGAAGAAGGCAUUCACCAACUAUUCACAUAAAUAUGAAACAGAGGAGGGGAAGAAGGAUAUCCAGGCACAGUUGGAGAAGCUGAAGAAAUAUUGCUCUGUCAUCCGUGUUUUAGCUCACACCCAGAUAAGAAAGAUGAAGGGGCUGAAGCAGAAGAAGGCCCACAUAAUGGAAAUCCAGGUGAAUGGUGGGACCAUUGCCCAAAAAGUUGACUUUGCGUAUAGUUUCUUUGAGAAGCAGGUCCCCGUGGAUGCAGUUUUCCAGAAGGAUGAGAUGAUUGAUAUCAUUGGUGUCACCAAGGGGAAGGGUUUUGAAGGUGUUGUCACCCGUUGGGGUGUCACACGGCUCCCCCGUAAGACCCACAGAGGGCUUCGAAAGGUUGCAUGUAUUGGAGCAUGGCACCCUGCCAGGGUUUCCUUCACUGUUGCUCGUGCAGGUCAGAAUGGGUACCAUCACCGCACAGAGUUGAACAAGAAGGUGUAUAAGCUGGGCAAAGCUGGGCAAGAGUCUCAUACUGCGUCAACGGACUAUGACAGGACUGAGAAGGAUAUUACUCCUAUGGGUGGAUUCCCCCAUUAUGGUGUUGUGAAGGAGGAUUACCUAAUGAUCAAGGGUGGUGUUGUUGGUCCCAAGAAGAGGGUUGUCACCCUUCGCCAGUCUUUGCUCAGACAAACCACCCGCAGUGCAAAUGAACAAAUUAACCUCAAGUUCAUUGACACCUCCUCAAACACCGGGCAUGGUCGUUUCCAGACCACAGAUGAGAAGCAGAAGUUCUAUCGUCGAGUCAAGGCUUAGACCCCACCGAGAUUGCCCGUACGUGAUCAUUUUCUUUCCUUUUUCAAGGCAUGGCCGUUGUCACUGGCUUUAGACUAUUUGUUUGAUCAAUGAACAAAUACAUUUUUGUUUUUAAUAUAUGUCCGACAUUUUUGUGUUGUUUUGAUGUCUUUAAUCUUGAAUACACUUGCAAUAGUUCCUUGCCCCCUUUGUAACAGGAGAAGGUAAUCUGUACUCCAUGUUGUCAAGGGUUGAGGGCGUAUAUUAAUUAUUAAAAAAGAGUUUUGUGUCAUGACUUGAAAUUAUAUUCGCCAUCUUCAGCUUCCUUUGAAUCAA